AUGACAGAAUCUACGAUUGCUAAGACUCUCAUGCAUCCUACAUGCAUUCUGGAGAAAGAAGAUGUCAGUGGCAAAUGGCAAUUUGAUUUCGACAACAUUGCUGAAAAUGGGUUUGAUCUUCGUCCUGCUCUGAAGGCACAAGACUGGGAAGGUUACUUCAACAGACUUUCUGUUCCUGUCUAUUACAAAUUGGUGAAGGAAUUCUGGAAACAUGCAUACUGUGAUGAUCUUCAAGUAGUCUCCUAUGUGCUGGGCAAAAGGAUCAUCAUCACUGAGAGAUCUAUUGCUAUGCUUCCAGGUCCAGAAACCAUUCAGGGUUACAGAUUUCAGACGAAUGAGCCCAAGACAAGGGAAACCAAAGACGCGAUCAACAAAGUGUUGUACUCCACUUGGACACCUGGCAAAGCUGAUUGCAAGACAAAAGAUCUUCAUCCUGAUCUAAGGAUUUGGCACAAGAUCAUACUGAAAUGUUUCAAUCCCAGACCAAUGGGCAGUUCUCCAUACUACAUCAACUUCACUCAGAAGGUGAUGCUAUACUUCAUCAAGAAUGAAAAGAAGAUCUGUCUUCCUUAUUUCUUGUUCUCUUAUCUCAAGGACUGCAUCAGAAGGUCAAGAACAACUGCUGCUGCGACCAAGAGCACAAUCAAGUACAUUCCUUUUGGAAGGUUACUAUUUGAUAUCUUCAUUGAGAGCAAGUUGAUAAAGGCUCUGACCACUGCUGGAUGCACUGAAGACUUAUCAACAAUUUCUAGAGAUGCUUUCUCUCCUUCAACAAUGAAGAAGAUGGGUCUGAUAACCGGGAAAGUCAAGGCUGAAUCAGAUAAGAUUAAGGAAAGAAGAGUCCCUCUCCAGGACUAUCCCCUCUGGUCAAAGGCUGAUGAUCCAGAGGCAAUCAAGUAUUAUCUUGAUGAUCUGAAAAGGCAAGGUUUUGAAAUUGAUGUGGAUGAGUUCUUCAGAGUUCUUCCUGAGGCUCAAGAUUUUGAAUCACCCAAGAAGAAGAAGUCUAAGACAAAGAAAGAAGACACUACUGAAACAAAGGAUGAUUCUGAAGAUGCUAUUACCUCUAGAGUUACCAGAUCUUCAGCUAGGAACUCAAGUAAGUUUGUAGUUCUUACUAAUGAUGAUGAAUUUGAUGUUGUUGAUGCUGUGUCUAACCCCACUCCAACCUUAGCUUUACCUUCUCCUGAACAAACAUCUGUUGUCCAACCAACCUCUCACACCUCACCACCUAGGCCUUCAUUCUUUCAACCUACCAUUGAAGAAGAACCCCUCUGGCAAAUGCUUCAGAAUCCUAAACCCUCUGAACCAACCUCACCCAUUCUACUUCCAUACACUCCACAAGCCUCUGAACCACAGACUUCUGAAAAACCAGCCUCUGAACCAAAAUCAUCUGAGCACUCUGAAGGAGAAAAUCUCUCUCCCACUCCAUCCGUAUCUUUUCCUAUGAAUACUACAACUUCCUCACCAUCCAACAACUCUGAAUCAAAUCGGAAAUUCGUUUAA